AUGACUUUCCAUCCUGACACUCUCCCCGAUCUCAAGGGCAAAGUAUUCAUAGUCACAGGUGGAACAUCCGGCAUAGGCUACUACACCGUAGCCCACCUAGCAGAACACGGCGCCCACGUUUACAUAUGCGCUCGAUCCCUAAAGAAGGGCACAGCAGCCAUCGCCAACAUCAAGAAAAUGCACCCUUUAGCCAACAUCGACCUCCUGCAAAUGGACCUCAUGGAUCUCACCAGUAUCGUCGCGGCCACCAAGCACUUCCUCACCCUCGAAACAACCCUGCACGGCCUGGUUAAUAACGCAGGCAUCAUGGCGACACCCUUCGAAAUGACCAGAGAUGGCCAUGAGGCUCAGUGGCAGACCAACUACCUCGCGCACUGGGUUUUGACAGAGCACCUGCUUCCUCUAAUGCUGCGGACCGCAAAGACGCUUCCUCCCGGCAGCGUGCGCAUCGUAAAUAUCACUUCAUCGGGCCACUUGGGCGCACCGACAUGCGGCAUCAAUUUCAAGGACCUAUCGCUCAAGGAUAGCGGCCCGUGGGCGCGGUACGGACAGAGCAAGCUCGCCAACAUUCUGCACACCAAAACCCUACACAAGACAUACGGCCCCAGCUCUCCCAGUGCGCAGAACGGGGACGGUGAGAUCUGGGUUUCGUGUGUGCAUCCAGGUAUAGUCAAGACGAACCUCGCCACGUCGGUGGACUCGGGGUGGGGUAUAAAGAGUGUUUUCUCAGUCGUACGCAUGUCUGGAUUGACGUGGCCUGCCGAUAAGGGAUCGUGGAAUAGUUUAUUCUGUGUGGCGAGUCAGGAUAUGAAGGCGGAGCAGAGCGGCACGUAUCUCGAGAUUUUCCGGCGGUUUGGGGAGCCGCGCUGGCAGAGCGAUGCGGCGAAGGAUGAGAAGCUUGCAGAGAGGUUGAAGGAGUGGACUGGGGAUGUAAUGAGGAAGGAAGGGUGGGUUUCUUAA